AACGGCCUUUAUAUAAGCAGCUCCUUCCGGGUACUGGGGCGGAGGGUGGGGGGCUGGAGCCAUGCCCCAAGGUCAGCAGAACCAGGAUUUUCACUGGGGACCGUACAGCGGGCUCUGAGCACCAAGGGAGCUGCCCGCUUGACCUGGAGCCUCCCGUCCAUCUUUCCACCUGUCUCUGCCCACAUCCUCCUCUCCAGAGAGCUGAAGCUUGACCCAGAGCGUCUGCACAGAGUGAAGAAAGGACUGGAAUAUGCCCUAGAGACCUCCGCAACAGAUCCAGGAAGCCGCGAGCUGAGCCCAGACUGAAGCUGCCCUGCCCCACUGCCCACCAUGGCCUCCGCUGACAAGAAUGGCGAGAGCGUCUCCUCGGUGUCCAGCAGCCGCCUGCAGAGCCGGAAGCCCCCUAAUCUGUCCAUCACCAUCCCGCCGCCUGAGACCUCAGCCCCUGACGAGCACACCAGCAUGUUGCCCCAGAGGCCCAGGAACCCGGCCUACUUGAAGAGCAUCAGCCUCCAGGAGCCGCGGGGACGAUGGCAGGACAGCAGCUCCGAGAAGCAGCCUGGCUUCCGCCGCCAGGCUUCCCUGUCUCAGAGCAUCCGCAAGGGGACCGCCCAGUGGUUCGGGGUCAGUGACGACUGGGAGGGGAAGCGGCAGCACUGGCAGCGCCGGAGCCUGCACCACUGCAGCGUCCGCUACGGCCGCCUCAAGGCCUCGUGCCAGAGGGACCUGGAGUCCCCCAGCCAGGAGGUGCCUUCCUUCCAGGGCGCCGAGUCCCCGAAGCCCUGCAAGAUGCCCAAGAUCGUGGAUCCGCUGGCCCGAGGCCGGGCAUUCCGCCACCCCGACGAGGUGGACCGGCCCCACGCCCCGCACCCACCGCUGACCCCGGGCGUCCUGUCCCUCACCUCCUUCACCAGCGUCCGCUCCGGCUACUCCCACCUGCCUCGCCGCAAGAGGGUGUCUGUGGCCCACAUGAGCUUUCAAGCUGCUGCCGCCCUCCUCAAGGGGCGCUCGGUGCUGGAUGCCACUGGACAGCGGUGCCCGGUGGUCAAACGCAGCUUCGCAUAUCCCAGUUUCCUGGAGGAAGAUGCCGUCGAUGGUGCAGACACGUUUGACUCCUCAUUUUUUAGUAAGGAAGAAAUGAGCUCCAUGGCAGAUGAUGUGUUUGAGUCUCCCCCACUCUCCGCCAGCUACUUCCGGGGGAUCCCACACUCGGCCUCGCCGGUCUCCCCCGAUGGGGUGCAGGUCUCUCUGAAGGAGCACGGCCGCGCCCCGGCCCCCAGGGCCAAGCGCGGCAGGCGCAUCGCCUCCAAGGUGAAGCACUUUGCCUUCGACCGCCAGAAGCGGCACUACGGCUUGGGCGUGGUGGGCAACUGGCUGAAUCGCAGCUACCGCCGCAGCAUCAGCAGCACUGUGCAGCGGCAGCUGGAGAACUUCGACAGCCACCGGCCCUACUUCACCUACUGGCUGACCUUCGUCCACAUCGUCAUCACCCUGCUGGUGAUCGGCACCUAUGGCAUCGCGCCCGUGGGCUUCGCACAGCACGUCACCACCCAGCUGGUGCUCAGGAACAAAGGUGUGUAUGAGAGCGUGAAGUAUAUCCAGCAGGAGAACUUCUGGAUCGGCCCCAGCUCGAUCGACUUGAUCCACCUGGGGGCCAAGUUCUCGCCCUGCAUCCGGAGGGACGGGCAGAUCGAGCAGCUGGUGCUGCACGAGCGAGACCUGGAGCGGGGCUCGGGCUGCUGCGUCCAGAACGACCACUCGGGCUGCAUCCAGACGCAGCGGAAGGACUGCUCGGAGACACUGGCUACUUUCGUCAAGUGGCAAGAUGACACCGGGCCCCCCAUGGACAAGUCCGAGGUGGGCCAGAAGCGGACGUCAGGGGCUGUGUGUCACCAGGACCCCAGAACCUGUGAGGAGCCAGCCUCCAGCGGCGCCCACAUCUGGCCCGAUGACAUCACCAAGUGGCCCAUCUGCACAGAGCAGGCCAAGAGUAACCACACAGGCUUCCUGCACAUGGACUGCCAGAUCAAGGGCCGCCCCUGCUGCAUCGGCACCAAGGGCAGCUGCGAGAUCACCACCAGGGAGUACUGCGAGUUCAUGCACGGCUAUUUCCACGAAGAGGCGACGCUCUGCUCCCAGGUGCACUGCUUGAAUGAGGUGUGCGGGCUGCUGCCCUUCCUCAACCCCGAGGUCCCGGACCAGUUCUACAGGCUCUGGCUGUCCCUGUUCCUCCACGCUGGCGUGGUGCACUGCUUUGUGUCUAUCAUCUUCCAAAUGACCGUCCUGCGGGACCUGGAGAAGCUGGCCGGCUGGCACCGCAUCUCCAUCAUCUUCAUCCUCAGCGGCAUCACGGGCAAUCUCGCCAGCGCCAUCUUCCUCCCGUACAGGGCAGAGGUGGGCCCGGCGGGGUCCCAGUUCGGCCUCCUCGCCUGCCUCUUCGUGGAGCUCUUCCAGAGCUGGCAGCUGCUGGAGAGGCCCUGGAAGGCCUUCCUGAACCUGUCGGCCAUCGUGCUCUUCCUGUUCGUGUGCGGCCUGCUUCCCUGGAUCGACAACAUCGCCCACAUCUUCGGCUUCCUCAGCGGCAUGCUGCUGGCCUUCGCCUUCCUGCCCUACAUCACCUUCGGCACCAGCGACAAGUACCGCAAGCGAGCCCUCAUCCUGGUCUCGCUGCUGGUCUUCGCCGGCCUCUUCGCCUCCCUGGUCAUCUGGCUCUACGUCUACCCCAUCCAUUGGCCCUGGAUCGAGUACCUCACCUGCUUCCCCUUCACCAGCCGCUUCUGCGAGAAGUACGAACUGGCCCAGGUGCUGCACUGACCACCUGCCCGGCAGGGCCGGGCGAGGCUGCUACCCGCAGCAUCGACGACAUAGGGACCUGCCUGCCGGCCUGCAGAGCACCCCAUCCGCUCUCCAGGGAUCCAUCUGUGGCGGUGCCCAGGCCCCAGUCCCAGGCGCUGCCCUCAACCAGGCGAGGCUGCCUCGGAGACGGUCAUGACGGCGGGUUCCUUGGGGGGACUGAGG